AUCCAUGAUCCUGAGCUUCAUUCCCUUUAUGUUCACUCUGUUCUGUGAUGUAACCACCAGUUCUAUGUAUGAAGCUGAGUUUAAUUUACACACACAACACUGCCUUCGAUCUGAAGAAACACCCAUCUGGAACCGUACCUUUCAUUUCAACAACCGUAGUCUCCAUUUAAUGCUGGAGGUGACUGAUAGACCAUCUCAUUGGGUCCUGAACUACAUUUUUGGUAUCCUGGCACAUGAACGUUUGGGCUACCAGAAUAUUACUUUUGUACACCGCGCUUGGGAUCACCCGUCGGAGGCGAUACGUCGUUUGGUAUGCGGCGAUUCCGGGUGCACCGAACUACCCGAGGUGCAUAUUAAUCUAGAACUAUGGUUACCACUGGGAACCACGACAAAUUUUUGGGCGUCAGCCAACCAGGUGUUUGACCAUGGCCCUCUGGGUCCAGUUACCCGCUGGGCUCUGAUGGCUAUGCCACAAUUUGUCGAACAUCUGCACUCCACAGAGUUGUUGAGUCUUUCCUCCUCCUGUGCCGCUGAUUUCGAUCAACUCUCAUCUGACACUCGUCCCUUGAAAGGUGCCCACCGGUCCUCCUUUGUCAACUGCCGCAACUUGAACUGUUCGCGGUACCGUAAUGAUCUCUUGGCAUUUCUGCUUGGAAGCACCAGCCAGUCUGAUUCCAUCCCUAACUCGGCGGCUUCUCCCCUCAAUUCUUCCUCAAACUGUGUCCUACUCAGUUGGUACCCAAACGGCCUUGCGACUACUAAUUCUUCGUUUAAUGCUCUACCCAUACCAAACUGUGAUUCGUCCCAUUUGAUCCGUAGCGGACCUGAUUCCUUCAAACACCACCACUUCAUGCUUCCUGAGAAGCACUCUACCAGUUCAGACUGUCGCUUCCAGUCGUUUCAAGCAACGAAAUUAUCGUGGGCAGAAUUGGAGACAAGUCUUCCACUGAUUCAUCAACUUGUGAACCGCAUGCGUCUAUCCCAGAUCGAAUAUCAAGAAUUACUUACCGCGGCUCUCUCAGUCUCUCCUCUUCUCACCGAAAUCGAACUGAAGUUGCACUAUUACAAUGUCGCUUGCGAUUGGGUUCGUCGACAUCGCACACUUUGGAAACAAUGGACUGAAGGUUGGAACGUGAAGCAAAACCUCACUAUCGCCGGUUUAUUUACUCUGUAUGGCAAAUGGUUUAUCCCGAAUCUUCACGAUGUUGCUGUUCAAGCCGUCGAACUUGUGAACUCGUCUCCAGAUUAUUUCGCAAACACCGAAUACGCACUUACACUGGAUGUACGAAAUUUGACCUGCGUUCAAGAAAUUGUGGUAGAUGAUUACUUCGGUUUGCAGCUCAUCGCUUCGGACAAGAAAUUAAUUGGUGUCAUCGCGGCUCUCUGCUCCGACUCCAUCGAACCUGUGGUCGAAGUCGCUAAUCAUCGUCAACAGCUAGUCAUCAGUCCGACAGUUGAAUCCUCCAAAAUACUGGAGAAACAAAUAUAUCCUUAUUUCUUCCGCACAGUGCCUUCGAUGUUGAAUGCGAACAUGGCCUUGAUUAGAAUCUUUCUCCUCUGGAGUUGGCAUCGGGUAGCACUAUUUCGCAAAGAUGAUCACUUCUUCGAUCCGCGCCUUUUUCAAGCCAACGGAAUCGAAGUUAUUAUUGAUGUUGAAGUGUCCGAAUCGGAGCUCACCUAUGACGUUGUGCAGAGAAAUUUGAAAGAGAUGCUGGAGCACAACAGUCGAAUUUUCAUCAUUGAACAUUUCGCACAAGGCACAGCAAUGAUCCUGUGUGCCGCUUAUCACCUGAAUUUGCAUUUCGAUGCUGGCUACGUGUGGUUCAUAAAUCCGUGGCUCGCAGACGGUUGGUGGCGUGCCGCAGACGUGCUCCCCGAUCAAUGCACUCUGAACGAGAUGAACAACAUCACCGCAUGGACUUUCACAGUGACGCACCAGUUAGUGGUGGCUCCGAUGCUUCACAGUUCUCUUCAACAACAACAGCAGCAACAACAGCAAUAUCGGUCACCCGCUGUCGCCUCAGUGAAUCGCCACUUUCUCCGGCGCACUCCGCGGAACACGGAUCUUAAUCGCCUGACGCCUGAUGACAUCACCAAGCGUUCCAUCCCAGUUAUGAAUACCGUCUCUUACAGCGGAAACGAUUAUGCAAUCUACACGUACGAGUCAGUUUUGGUCUUAGCCACUGCGUUGAUCCGCUUGCUACGUAGUAAUCCCAGUGCUAUAUCCAUCUUCGAUUCUCCGGACGUCACAGAAAUCUAUCGGGAUUUCGUCGCCAACAUCAGCUUCGGAUACCAUGACUUUUGGGAUGGCUACUCGGUGAAUACAACUAGCUCGUUUGAGGGUCUCACCAGUUUCGUGUCCCCCGGGGAAUUCUACAACACUGACCGCGAAGAUGACAACAUUGUGUCUUACCUUCGUUUCAACGACUUGAACGAACGUAUUGCGGAUUAUUGGCUCCUGAAACAACAUCAAGUGAAUCGAACCAUUCCCAUAGUGAUGAUGUACGCGAAAGGAAACCUAUCCAGUGACGCACUCAGUCGGUUAGACAGUGCGGCCAUCCCUUCAGUGGAACAGUUCAGUCGAUUCGUCACCGAUCGGUGGCUAGUGCCAGCGUAUUGGGGCAAAAACGACGGUAUCCCUGGCGACGGAUCCGAGAGUGGCGAAGAUUGUACUUUCCAUUUCAUCAGCCACAUGUUUGGCGUCAACUGCUCCACCUCGGUCACCAUCUUCUCCAUCGCUCUGGUCGUUCUCAUCGCGCUACCUCUGUUCCUCUUGUUCCUUGUCUAUUAUCGACGGAAAUUGCGGGAAGCCGAGAGACGCAUUCGCCAGCCUUACGAAGAGCUGUGUGCCGAAUUGGCAGAUAUUGACAUCCCAUCAGCUGAUGUCGUUCUCAAUCGCAGAGUUGGUCAGGGGGCUUUCGGUAUGGUUUUUGGCGGCGAGGCUAAACGCAAAGGCACUUGGGAGGCCGUCGCUGUCAAAGUGAUCAGUGGCAAAGCAACCUACGAGGGUAAAAGAGAUUUUCUUUCUGAAGCCAAACUGAUGCGCGAACUGGAUCACAAGAAUGUUGUUCGCCUUGUGGGGAUUUGUUUGCGUCCACGUGAGAGCCAUCUGUAUUUAAUCAUGGAGGUCAUGUUGCUUGGGGACUUGAAAACCUACCUUUUGUCCCGCCGCGUUACCGCUCAACAAAAUCCCGAUCAUGAAGAUAUCAGACCAUCCACUCUGACUCAGAUGGCUAUCGAUAUCGCAGAAGGUCUCGCUUAUUUACACCGGAAAUUUCUGGUUCAUCGUGAUAUUGCCUGUCGCAAUUGUCUCGUGGGUUCCGACAGAACUGUCAAAAUCGGUGACUUUGGUUUAACAAGGAAGUUCACGAAUCCCGAAAACGAAGGUUAUUAUCGAUUUACACGAAACUGUGAGUUACCCAUCCGAUGGAUGUCCCCUGAAGCGGUGCAGUUUGGCGUAUUCAGCGUACACUCUGACAUCUGGUCUUAUGGUAUCGUUCUCUACGAGAUCAUCACGUUCGGCGUGUUUCCGUACGACGGCCUCGGUGAUGUUGAAGUGGUCGAACGCGUGAAACAGAUUGGUUUCAACAUUUUGAACUUCCUACCACCCGCGGCUCUCAAUACUACUGUCGCCGGCCUCAUCAGUCAGUGUUGUCAACACCAAUGGCAGCAUCGCCCAGUUUCCAUGGUUCCUGUCAUCAAACGAUUGCGGGAAAAUCCGGACUGUGUUCGGCCUUUUUUGACCGCGGAACCUCCGAAACCGAAUCGCGCCAUCGAUGCUCUUCCCUUUCAACCAGGAGCUGGUGCAUGCAUGAUGUCUGAAAGUGCAGUGGCUCCUGAGGGGCCAAACCCCGGCGCCAACAGUAAUCCGGUUGGUGCACUGACCAUUACGGACUCCGCGUCUACCAGCUAUGGGAUUACAAGUGUCGUCACAGGAGGAGCACGUGGGUUCCACAGCACCACUGGUAGCCUCGUGGGGAUUGGACGUUCCUCCUUGAUUCACUAUUCGACCGAUUCAUUCGCUGAUGCCGCUGCAGUCGCCCUGCGCGCCCUGAACGCCGAAAACUCGGCCUAUCCUCUUUGUCGUCGACGGCACAGAACGGCUGAUGGUGCAGUCGGCAUUGGAAAAAGCGGUUUUCUUCGCCGUGCCACGAGUUCUUCCUCUGGCGGAGGCGGUUGUUCCAGCCGCAACGGUCACGGCUCACAGGUCAGCGUGAUGGACAAUGUGUGUCCCACUGUGUCACUCAACCCAGAAUUUUUGCAGGGUUGGUACGGAAUGACUGAUCCAUCACCUUACAAUAAAACUGUGAGACACUCACCCUAUGUUCACUCAGAAGGCAUCAGACGAGAAGAAAAGCUCACCGGAAGACCCGAUGUGGUUCGAAAAUCAGACAAAAGAGAUCACGGGGCACUCGAACUCAUUCCUAUGCUUCCUAGAGAAUCCCUGGAGCAAACCGAGGUCGGGCCUCAUUAUCUUGUGAACGGCCCGACUUCAUGCACCGGCACCGCACAACCUACCUCUGGUUCCCUGUGUCAAACUACCUCAGCGGUCUUACGGUCUUUAUCCGCUGAACACUUGCUAUCCGAGCAGAAUCGCUGCAAAGUGGUCUACGCAUGCACUAAAAGUGCACCCGAAAAUCGUCCCAUUCCUAUUCACGAGAUCGAUAAACAAUGUACUGACCCUAAUCUGUUCUCAGACUGUGAUGCCUCUAGGAGAUUUCACUCGGGACGCCACUCUUCCGGACACACCCCAUCCACCUCAACCGGCUUACCCAGCACUCGUUCGGUUGUUGGUAAUGCGUCAAGCUUACUGAAGUCCAUCUUACGGGUGCUUACGCGUACACACAAGAGUACCGCUCCUCCCCUAAUCACACGCAAUGUUUUACGAACCACCAGGUCGUCCUUAUCGUGUCGCGCUUUAGCCGAUCCGCUAUCCCGGUUUCCCAAUGAUUCGCAACACGUGUCCACUUUUUGUCCUCCCCUCAUGGCAGCCCAGCUGUCCGUCAGCUGUGCUCAGUUGCCAGGGCACUCAGCACCAGUGGUCUCGGGCCUGUCAGCACCACCUGUGAUAAAUUCGGCUACCAGCGAACACCACUUCUUCCCCACAUGCAGUCUGACGGACGUCGCUUCUGAUCACCCUAAUCUGGAGACAGUCAUCACGCCUAACACAUCCGCCCCGCAUUGUGUGAUCGAUGUUUGUCCCGUCGAAUCCGAUGUGUCUAACCUGUCAUCCAAGGCACCUAGUUUGUCCAAACCACUCAGUCAGGAGCAACCAUCUUCCACGCCCUCGCCGCAUCGUCAAACAUCUCGUGAUGCUGCGUCAGUGAUGAGUGAUUCACCUGGUUUUUACCUCGUUUGAUCUUACUUUUACCCGAUAACACUACCAAGUCUCCCGGUACAGCGCCAACAUUUUUCAGCCACCCGAAACCCCCAUUUGCUGCUGUUCUUUUUUUGAUCCCACUUCAUAGUUCAUUCCCACGAGUAUGAUUAUUCUUCAUUCACUGCUCUGGUGCUCCGUUUGUACGCCUUCGCAUUGCCACUUGUGAAUUUAGAGAUAACCGCACCCAUCCUCUAUCUUUUACAUAGUAUUUACCUUAUCGUAUAGACAUGUGUGUAUCGCUGCGCUUUUUCUCUCUCUCUCUUUCCUUUUGCCUUGAAUUCACUACUCUUUGUCGGUCAUGUCAACCAUCGUGGCUUCUUCAUUUAUACAUCCCGUGGAUCUCCCAUCUACACGCAAUCGCAUCAUGCAUCUUCAUGGUUGUCUGUUUUCUCUUCAACUUUUUCACUCAGAGAAAAUACCUAAGCUUUACUUGACUCCUUUCUCUUUUGUUGUACAGCAUAAAACAAGCUCCACUACCAUUUUUUUGUACCCGGUAUUCCAUCCGGCCUUGCGAUCUCUGUUCGCACUCGGGCGGUGGCAUACAGAUAUGUGUAUAUGCUUGUGUAUAUCUCUAUGUCUCUUCUCAUCUCUUUUCUUCAAGUAAUCUCCGGUUUUGCUUGAUUUCAAACUGCAUCAACUCAGGAUUGUUUUCGUUUCCUCCCUCUUCACUUAACCUUUGAUUUCUUUGGGCAUACUUGGAAUAUGCCUUUCGUUUCGUUAUUUACAAGACUGUCCGAUUAUUUGCAGAAAAAUAAACGUGCAUUUCAGCUCGACGCCGACUACCUUGCAGCGCAGAUCUCAGGCGCUCUCCUAUGUACCUCUGGGUCACCAUGUGUCUUUUUGCCCUCUCCUUGCAUGCAGUGUCUACGUAGGCGUUCGUUACCCUCCUCUUCCCAAUUUGUUGGCGUUUUAAUCCAAUUUGGAAUAUUUUUACUUUUUCGAAUAGAUUCUGGCUUUU